UGGUGGUAUUCCUAUUGUUCACUAGUUCGUCGAUAAUCUUGUGUCAUCUAUUGCAGCUGUAGCACCAUAGUUUUCUCUUGGUGAUUGGCCGGUGAUCUUCUAUUAUCUAAUGAUUCUAUCUUGCGCUCGGCCUUGCAAGGUCUGAAAACUAGCAAUUGGCUGACAAUUGGAGCAAACUAUGUCUUAUUAUUGACGAUUUUUCCCUUGUUGGAAGGGUGGUUUGUGAGCCUUCAGUUUUUGCCAUUCCCCAAAACAAGUCAUCACACCUUGGUGUUUUUUGGUGACCCCUAGCGUUGAGUUUGUCUCAUCCAUGGGAACAAUACUGGAAGUUUUGCUUCGAUCAUGUGCCAGCAAAUUGCAAGAUAUCAUUACUAGUGAGGCCAUACUAAUCUUAGGGGUGAAACAAGAGCUCGAAGAAGUGUUGCGGCGGGUAGAACUGAUACAGUGUUGUAUACAUGAUGCUGAGAAAAGGAGGACAAAAGAGCUGGCAGUGAACAAUUGGCUUGGUCAACUAAGAGAUGUUAUAUAUGAUGUUGAUGAAAUCGUGGACGUGGCUAGAUGUAAAGGAAGCAGGCUACUGCUUGAUGAUCCUUCAUCACCAUCAUCAAGCAAAUCAGCAAAUUGUAAAGCCCUUUCAGUUUCCUCUUUCUUCUGUAACAUCCGGUCACAUCGCAAUGUUGCUAUUCGGAUUAGAAGCCUCAAUAGAAAGAUAGAGAAUAUCUCAAAGGACAAGAUAUUCUUAUCAUUAAAUAGUAGUACACAACCUACAGAAAAUGGCUCAACAUCCAAACUGAAAAGAAGCUCCAAUCUUGCUGAGCCUAAUCUUGUGGGAAAGGAGAUCAUUCAUUCAAGUAGGAAGUUGGUGGACUUAGUGCUUGCACACAAGGAAAAUAAGUCUUACAAGCUUGCUAUUGUUGGAACGGGCGGAGUUGGAAAGACAACACUCGCUCAGAAAAUUUACAAUGACACAAAAAUAAAAGGAAGCUUCAAGAUGCAUGCAUGGAUUUGUGUUUCACGGGACUACAAUGAAGUUACUCUUCUGAAAGAGGUUCUCCGGAAUAUUGGUGUGCAUCAUGAACAAGGUGAAACCAUAGCAGAGCUGCAGAGUAAGCUUGCAAAAACAAUUGAAGGAAAGAGUUUCUUUCUGGUUCUAGAUGAUCUAUGGCAUUCCAAUGUAUGGACGGAUUUAUUUAGACUUCCCUUACAUGCAACAACUACAGAAGUAAUAUUAGUAACGACACGAGAUGAUCAAAUUGCAUUGAGAAUAGGCACACAGUACACCCAUCAAGUUGAUCUCAUGUCAGCAGAGGUGGGAUGGGAGCUGCUUUGGAGGAGCAUGAACAUUGAUGAAGAGAAACAAGUGCAGAAGUUGAGAAACACUGGGAUUGAGAUUGUUCGUAAAUGUGGUCACCUGCCUCUUGCAAUCAAGGUCACAUCUAGUGCUUUGGCCAGCAGAGAUCUAACAGAGAAUGAGUGGAAACAGUAUCUAGGCAAAUAUAUUGGCUCCGAGAGCAUUCUCUUGGAUGAAAUAGAAUUAGCUUUAUAUCUAAGCUAUGACGAGUUACCUCAUCGUCUGAAGCAGUGUUUCCUAUAUUGUGCUAUGUAUGUUGAAGACUCUAUCAUUGAACGUAAACAAGUUACUAUGUUAUGGAUCGCUGAAGGCUUCAUCGAGGAUCAACCAGGCCAACUACUAGAAGACAUAGCAGAAGAGUACUACUACGAGCUAAUCCAUCGGAGUCUCCUCCAGCCAGAUAGGAUAAGUUUUGACCAGACUAAAUGCAAAAUGCAUGACCUCUUAAGACAGCUUGCUUUAAAUAUAUCAAGAGAAGAAUGUUUUGUUGGAGAUAUUGAAUCAUUAAGGGGUGAAAAUAUGUCAAAACUGCGACGUGUUACUGCUGUCGCGGCUAAGAAGGAUAUAUUAGUGUUGCCUAGCAAGGAUAAGGUGGUAGUUAAGGUGAGGACUUUCCUAACUGUUCGUGGUCCACAGAGAAUUGAUGAUACAUUGUUAAAGAGAUUUCUCCUCCUUCGUGUUUUAGUACUGAAUUACUCACUUGUGCAAAGCAUUCCGGACUAUAUAGGAAAAAUGGUACAUCUACGCCUACUGAAUCUAGAUUAUACCGGCAUAUCUUGUCUUCCGGAAUCCAUUGGCUCCCUAAAGAACCUUCAAGUACUGAGCUUGAAAUGUUGUAAUGAUCUGCAAGGUCUUCCUUCAGCAGUGACACUGUUGAGCCGUUUAAGAUGUAUUGACCUUUAUGGCACAAAAAUAAAUCAAGUUCCACGAGGGAUAGGAAAACUGAAUCUCCUCACUUAUUUAGGAGAUUACCAUGUUGGUGAUGGAAGUGAUAAUCCUGGUAUACAAGAUGGAUGGAAUUUGGAAGAGUUGUCUUCUUUGUUGCAGAUAAGGUAUCUUUCUCUUGUUAAUUUGGAAAGAGCUGCUUAUUGCAGUACAAAUACAGUGCUUACGGACAAAAAGCAUCUAAAAACACUAGUACUAGAUUGGGAUGGACGUGGAAAGGGAUCAUAUUCAGAAGAUGACGUCAGCAAUGCUGAGAAGGUCUUUGAGCAGCUAAUACCUCCACACAACCUGGAAGAUCUGUGUAUCUUUGGAUUCUUUGGUCGGCGGUAUCCUGCCUGGUUUGAUACCACCUCUUUGUCUUCAUUAGUAUACUUGAAACUCAAACAUGUACGAUCAUGUGUGGAACUUCCAGCGAUCUGGCAGUUACCGAACUUGAAAUAUCUGAGGAUUGAUGGAGCACAUGCAGUUACCAAGGUUGGGCCUGAAUUUGUUGGCUGCAAGAAGGGAGAUCAUGUAUGCAAUGAGUUGGUUGCUUUCCCUAAACUUGAAUGGUUGAUCUUCAAUGGUAUGCCCAACUGGGAGAUGUGGUCUUUUUUUGUGGAAGAAGUUGUUGCUGAACAAGGAGAGGGUGGAACCAGUGAGAUUCGAAAAGUGGAUGCCCAAUCUUCAAGGUUGCAACUGCUUCCUCGUUUGGUGGGGCUGCAACUUCACGGUUGCCCGAAGCUGAGGGAUCUGCCGCAACAGCUUGGAAAGGACACCGCUUGUUUGAAGCAGCUCAGUUUAAGAGGACUAAACAACUUGAAGGCUGUGGAGGACCGCCAAGUGCUCUCUGAGGUCCUUAUUAUUGAGGAUUGUGAAGGCCUAGAGAAGGUCUCCAACCUCCCUGAAGUGGCGGAGUUGUAUGUGGGUGGUUGUCCAAACUUAAGCCAUGUAGAUGGAUUGGAUAGUUUGCAGCGGCUGGGGCUGGUCAAGGAUAUGCAAGAGAUAUCCUUAGGUUGGGUGUCUGGGCUUCAAGACCAGCACCAGCGACUUCAUGGCGAGGACCUGGAUGUCUUCACGAUGUUUGGGAGGUCGAAGGCUCAAGCCUAGGACUGGUGGUGCGGUUCUUUUCGGGUGGCAAAACACGAGUCAUACUCAUACCAAGCUGAGGAGGCUUGUCCAUGCUGAAGAUGUGUAGCGAGCUGGUGAAGGAAGUGUCCUUUUUUUCUUUGGGCAGGUUCCCUGGAAUUAAUGUAUCGAGUUUCAUGUUACUCCUUUUUGAAUUUUUUCCGGAGACCUUAGUUGUACUGAAUCUGCAUGGCAUGGUCUCGUUCUUUGGAUGUAACCCGCAGAUUUCGUUUUAUUUCAUUCUGAACUUGGGGUCGGGGGCCCUUUGCUGUAGUGAAUCUGCGCCGCACGGUUUCGUUGUCUGAAUGUAAUAGAUGAAGUUUGUUUUGGCACGGUUCUUUUCUUUCAGUGGAAGUG